AUGGCCUGGUUCUGUUCCGGGACAACCAACACCGAGCUGAUCGAGAACCUGUGGGGUGCAGGUCUCAUCAAGGAUAAGAGGGUGAAGAAGGCCAUGCUUGGUGUUGACCGAGACCACUACGCCCCCUCAAGCCCCUACUCCGACUCCCCGCAACCCAUCGGCUACGGCGCAACCAUCUCAGCACCACACAUGCACGCCCAUGCCUGCGAAUAUCUAAUUGACUUCCUGCGUCCGGGUUCGCGCGUUCUAGACAUAGGCUCCGGAUCGGGUUAUUUGACGCACGUAAUCGCAAACUUAAUAACAGACCCAUCCUCGCCGCCCACAGACGCAGAUGGGCAUGUAAUCGGCAUUGAACAUAUUCAAGAGCUUGUCGACCUCUCACGAGACAAUAUGAAUAAAUCCGAAGAUGGACGCAACUUCUUGAGUUCGGGCAAAGUGCAGUUCCUCUGCGAAGACGGAAGAAAGGGGUGGCCACAGGGAGGGCCCUAUGAUGCGAUUCAUGUAGGUGCUGCGGCGGUGGAGCUUCAUGCUACCCUCGUGGAUCAGUUGCAGGCUCCCGGUAGAAUGUUUAUUCCUGUUGAGUCCGAGUCUAGAGAAGGCGGGUUGAGACAGGUGGGUAUGGGUACUGGGCAGUAUAUUUGGGUGGUGGAUAAGAAGGCUGAUGGGACAGUAGUGAAGGAGAAGGUUUUUGCGGUUAGUUAUGUGCCUUUGACUGAUGCGCCGAAGUAA